CUUUAAUUUACUUUACUGACAAGCCUUUUUCUCUCUCUGUUUUCUAGUCUGGAGGCACUUCAAUGUUGUCUGGUAUAGCGGACCGACUACACCAGGAACUGAUGCAUCUCAGCCCAUCAAAUAUGAAGGUGAAGAUUGUAGCUCCCCCUGAGCGCAAGCACUCAGUCUGGAUUGGGGGUUCUAUGCUAGCAGCACUUUCUACAUUCCAAGAUCUUUGGGUGUCUAAGGAGAAAUAUGAUGAAGCAGGCCCUGGUGUUGUCCACAGGUGUUGUUUUUGAAAAUGCAAACGCCGCGGAAGGAAUUUAAUCACAUCUACAUUCAAUUAGUGCAAGCACAGAUGAUAGAAUUGAUGGAUG